GUUGUUAACUAGGCCUUUUGAUAUUUUCGUAGACAAUCUGCUUCACCUUGAUUCUGCAGCAUUCCACACUGUGGUACCCUUGGGGUCUCUUAACAUUGCUAUGGUGCAGAAGAUUUGAAAUCAGCUGAUGUUCACAAGGAAUAGAGUCACGUGAUGUAUGAAGGGAAACAUAUACACUUCUCUGAGGUUGACAAUAAGCCCUUGUGCUCAUAUAGCCCCAAACUGUGCAAGCAGCGGCGACUCAACGGCUACGCAUUCUGUAUCAGACACGUUCUGGAGGACAAGACUGCCCCCUUCAAGCAAUGUGAAUAUGUGGCCAAGUACAACAGCCAGCGCUGCACCAACCCCAUCCCCAAGUCAGAGGAUCGCAGGUACUGCAACAGCCACUUGCAGGUACUUGGCUUUAUCCCGAAAAAAGAGAGGAAGAAAAAGAAUGAUCCUAUAGAGGAGGUGAAGGUCAGGCACCAGAUGGAUGCCAUGGCCUUCAGCCUGACGGUUCCCACGCUGGCCUUGAAGAUGCCCAAUGGACUGGAUGGGAUGUCCCUCUCUCCGCCGGGGGCCAGGGUCCCCCUCCACUACCUGGACACUGAGUUGGAAGAUCCUUUUGCUUUCCAUGAGGAGGACGAGGACCUGAAGAGAGGUGCGGCUGUGAGGAGGAAGCUGCAGAGCAAGCUGGCCCAGAACCGGCAGCGCCAGCGCGAGACGGAGAUCCUGAAGGUUCGACAAGAGCACUUUAGUCCCCCUUCCGCCCCUGCCCAGCAGCCUCUGCAGCAGCACUCCCGCCUAUCACGCCUGUCCCCUCUGUCCACAUCCUUAAGGCCGCCGGCGCCACCACAGGGCUCCGUCUGCAGGUCACCUCAGCCUCAGAACACCAGCCUCCCCUCACGUGGGGUGGCCCCCCACAGCACAGCACAAGCGCGGCAGGGGCCUCAGCGGAGGCCGCCCCCACUGCCCGCCGCCACCAGGGCACCUGCUGGGGAUGUGCCCCGGCCCGACCGGGUCCUCAUGAAAGCCACAGCCUUCUCCCCACAUCUCUCCUGCAUAAGCCAGCUGCAAAGACUGGUGAGACUGUGCACACAGAAGCACCAGUUGGACACGGACCUGUUCCCGCAUUUAGGAUUGGACUGGUCUGAAGAGAGUGGAGAGGAACUGGAGGACUCAGAGCAGGCUUCCCCAUACCAGGUUGCCUGGUCCAUCCGAGAAGCCCUCCGAUAUGAGAGACACACGUCAGAGGACGACAACGCGGAAAGCAGGCGCUCCAGGGUGACCCAACUUUGCACUUACUUUCAGCAGAAAUACAAGCACCUGUGCCGCCUGGAGCGGGCUGAGUCCCGGCAGGAGAAGUGCCGGCACACCUUCCGGAAGGCCCUGCUGCAGGCGGCCAGCCGGGAGCCCGAGGGCACCGGGCAAGUGAUGCAGGAGCUGCGGAGGGCCGCAUGCAGCCGUGCUGGCAUAAGCCAGACCAAGUGGCAGGAAGCAGAACCUGCGACGUGCAGUGGGGCCUUGAGGGGCGAGCAGUGCCCGAACAGGGCCCUCCCGUUCACCAGGCACUGCUUCCAGCACAUCCUCGCAAACCGCUCCCAGCAGCUCUUCUCCAGCUGCACGGCCAGGUUCGCUGAUGGGCAGCAGUGUUCUGUGCCGGUCUUCGACAUCACGCACCAGACACCUCUGUGUGAGGAACACGCCAAAAAAAUGGAUAAUUUUUUGAGAGGAGAUAACUCCCGGAAAGUUCAGCACCAGCAGCAGAGGAAGCCCAGGAAAAAAACCAAGCCUCCUGCACUUACCAAAAAACACAAGAAGAAGAGGCGGCGUGGACCACGCCGACCACAGAAGCCCAUCCCACCCGCGGUCCCACAGGGGAACCUCAGCAUGCCUGCCAGCGUUGCACUGCCAGCGGAGGCCACACGUGUCCGGAGCCCAUCUACACCGGAGCUGAGUGCUGAAGAGCUUCCAGAGGACAUUGCCACAGAGAUCUCUGACAUCCCCCACGACCUGGAGCUCAACCAGGAGGACUUUGCAGAUGUCCUGCCGCGGCUGCCCGAUGAUCUACAAGAUUUCGAUUUCUUUGAAGGGAAGAAUGGAGACCUCCUCCCCACGACCGAAGAGGCUGAGGAGCUGGAGCGGGCCCUGCAGGCUGUGACGUCCCUCGAGUGCCUGAGUACCAUGGGGGUCCUCGCCCCAGCAGAUGGAGUGUCUGUCCAGGAGUUGUCAGAUAGAGGGAUCGGGGCAUUCCCCACAGGUACUGGGGCUUCCGGGGUGCAGGCCUUGGGCCGAGAGGUGAGCACGGACCUGGGGGAGCUGCUGAAUGGGCGUGUGGUACACGAUGGCUUCCCUAGCUUGGAGCUGGACGAGAACCUGCUCCACUCUGCUACCUUGUCCAACCCACCCACCCCACUGGCAGGGCAGAUCCAGGGGCCAUUCUCCGCCCCAGCCAACGUCGGCCUUACUCCUGCCGCUCUGAUGAGCCAGAGUGCCCUUGGGGAGAGAGCCUUCCCAGGACAGUUCCAUGGACUUCCUGACGGCAGCCAUGCCUCCCAGAGGCCACACCCUGCCCAGCUGCUGAGCAAGGCAGACGACCUCAUCACCUCCCGACAGCAAUAUAGCAGCGACCACUCGCACUCCUCGCCCCAUGGAAGCCAUUACGACAGUGAGCACGUGCCGUCUCCCUACAGCGACCACAUCACCUCUCCCCACGCGGCGUCCUUCUCCGGCGAUGCUAUGGCAGCUACCUUCUCGGCAGAGAUGCCCCUCAUGGCGCAGCACCUGCUCCCGAGCCAACUUGAGGUGCCGCUGGGCGGUGUGGUCAACCCCAGGACUCACUGGGCCACCCUCCCCGUCGGCCUCGGAGAGCCCUCGCCGUUCAGCAACCUGCUCGGCGCCGAUGGGCACCUUCUUUCCACGUCCCUGUCCACACCACCCACCACGUCGAACUCAGAGACCACACAGCCUGCCUUCGCCACCGCGACCCCCAGCAGUGCCGGUGUGCUCCCGGGGCUGCCGCAGACCAGCUUCAGCGGCCUGGGGCCUUCUGCCGAGCUCCUGGCCUCCGCCUCCCCCAAGCAGCAGCUCCCGCAGUUCAGUGCAGCCUUUGGCCACCAGCUGACUUCCCACAGUGGCAUUCCCAAGGACCUGCAACCCAGCCACAGUUCCAUCGCGCCCCCCACAGGCUUCACGGUGACAGGUGCCACAGCUACAAGUACCAAUAAUGCAUCCUCCCCCUUCCCCUCCCCCAACUGA